AUGCAUGGGGCGUACUUUUCUCCUAGGUUUUCAUUGGAGAAAUUUGACUUGAUGCCUUGCUUUACAAAGCCGCUUUACAAUGACAGCUACCUCCUUAUUAAUGAAAUGCACGUUACCUGCCUUACUGAGGCCUUAUUUGGUUUUUACAUGAAACUCACAAUUGAACGAACCUUCAAACCCAGAGGCUGCGAGACAAAUAAUUACUUUAAACAGUGCAUGCGAUACCAUUUCAGCUACUUUCCGAAUGAACAAGUUGCCUUCAGACACGCCGAUAGCCGUGCCGAAGACGAACCGAUCGGCUACUCGCUUAGCCGUGCCAUCCGUGGACGACUGAUGGGUAAAAGCCUACGCUGGGGUAGCCGCGGUACGCAGGUCCGUAGUAGACUCCGCCCCAGGGCCAGCCAUAGCCCCAGCUGUUCCUCUUCUCCCUCACCUGCUCCGCCUCUGGCUCAUCGGCUCCCAGCACCAUCGCCAGGCCCAACAUCACAACCAGGAACUGCGAAAACAAGGAAAACACUUAGUGCCAUGUUCUUUCUAUUCAGAAACUUGCUGAUACCGUUUGAAACCUAUCGUUACCUAUACUACCAAUUGGCUGCGCACUUGUAAUAAAUCUCAGGAGAAAGUGCUUUUUUGAUUACUGGAGAUUUAUUACAGUUUCACAUAACCAAAUCAACUAGCGCUCAAAUGUGUGCACGAUGCAUAGAUCAAAGUGUUUAGCCAAGCAAGGACACUUAUUAGUGGUGUAAUAUACAAUUUUUGUUACGUAUAUAGAAACGAUUAAUGUGAUUCUAUCAGGAAAUUUCAUAAAACGUUCAUUUUUUUUUUCUGGUAUGGUUUGCUU